AGAGAGAAAAAGUUUUAAAAAAAAAAGACACUGGUAGCUGGAUCAUCGUCACUAUCUACAUAUUGUCACACGACCGUUGCGCAUUUUUGUAUUUUUGAUUUCUUAUUUUUUCCGAAAUAAUGUUGAAAUCCGUCCGUCUCAUCAUCGUCCGCAAUACCCCCCUUCUAAAGCAUGCCCCUUCCCCGGCAUUGUAAAAGAACCCUGAACCCCCCCACAGUCACAUUUACUAGUAUUACAGACCCGCCACUCAAUGGGUCUGGUCCUGGAGCCCCUGUGCCGAACUCAUCCAUGUGGCAGACCGACCCCCUCUCCCCCCCUUGGCACAGACCUUCAUGACUUUUCAGUAAAUACUAACCAGGCGGUGCUUUGCCAGUUUCUCCAGAGGGCCAAGGCUUUGCCAUGACGAGCAUUGGCCAAAUUCAAUUCCAACCUGCGAUCUGAUUGCCCUUUUCAAGCCGGCACUUCGUCCUUUUUGCGUCAAACUACCACACAGCCUACCUACCUAUGGGCCGUUGAACAUCUCACACAAACAACUAGCCUAGCACCAUCACCGAAAAGCCUCUUACGACAGGCCGGGUUGUUUUUUGCAUGACACGACGACUCCAAACCAGACGACAACUAUUUUCCUUCUCGGGAUACCAUUUCGUCCUCGAGAAAGAGUCUAGGGUCCUUUCGCCCACUCGAUCGGGACUUUUGUUCUAAUCUUAAAUCCUCUCACUAAUAUCUUUGGUUGUAAUAUAUCUGCCCUUUUUUAUAUAUAUAUUUUAUCUUGUAUUAUUCCUCGUCACCCCGGCUGUCCCUCUCCGGAUAAUCCGCGUGUCGGAUCGCCGCCGGCGAGCGCGCGUUGCGUGCCAGGCCCCCGUCUCAUCUAGGUGCCUCUUUGCCCUCAGCGGGUUGGGACUGCACGUCAUUCGUUGCUGGGAGUGUGUGUAAUCGACGACUUCCCUUGAACUUUCACAAUGGUUUAUUGUGGAAAGGCAUCUCAGGGUUGUCAAAGUUGUCGAACUAGACGGAUCAAGUGCGACAAACUUAAGCCCGAAUGCUCACAAUGUCGUCGCGUGAGCAAGAAGUGCCCCGGUUAUCGGGAUCAGCUCUCGCUGAUGUUCCGAGAUGAGAGCAGCAAGGUCAUGCAAAAGGCACAUGCCCAAUGGGGCGCUGAGCCAGCGGCUGGAAGUGGCAGUAAUGCUGAUCCCAAUUCGGCCGCUCCUUUGGGUGCCCCCGUAUCUUCAUCCUCACCCGUCGUCAGUUCUCCAAGUAGCUCAGACUCGGCCUCAUCCCCCAACUACAGCGUCAAGCCUUUAUCGGCUGUGUCGGCUAAAGGAAAACGGUCAACACAGCCAUGGAGCCCGCAAAAUGGCCAACAGGGACUAGUACCUAGGGCUGCGACAUGGCCGAUACCGCAACCUCAACACAUUGGUGCUACAUGGCAGGACAAGGGCGUUCAGUUCUUCAUCGACCACUAUGUCCUUGGCCUACCGGAUGAAGCUUCGGACAUUACCGGUCUCAGGAACCAACCCUGGGUUUUCCAGCACACUCUCCAGCAGUCUAUGGCCGCAGUAGGUCUCGCCGGCCUGGCUAACUUGCGAAGCAGCAAGGAGUUGUCGGCCACGGCCCGCCAGAUGUAUGGAAACGCGUUGCGAGAUACGGGCAAAGUCUUGGCUAGAGUGCAAGACGAGCCGAUAGAUUUUCUGAUUCGUAACGUACUCAUGCUCGCCAUGUUCGAGAUCGUCAAUGGCAGCGAUCCAGAUAUGAGUACAGGGGCCCGAACACAUAUGAUAGGAGCCGCCGCGCUAUUGCGGAGUUUCUUCCCAAUCCGCAACGGAUCGGCCAUGGGACUAAGAGGUCUACUACAACUUUGCUACGCUUUGCUCCUCUCGUGCGCCGUCGCAGAUAUCUCGCUACCACCUGCCUUUGCCGACUGGGUCAGUCUCUCGUGCAAGGUGAUGCCGAAAGAAGAAUGGCCAUCAACACAGCUUCUCCCGAUGGUGAUGCAACUCGUCACCUUGUCACGCGACAUGAGGGGCAAAUACCUACCAGAUCAAGCCUACGGCGAAGCACACGAUGUGUUGAAAUUGCUGAACGACAUGGAUGCCCAGAUGGAGCAAUGGGAGGCCUCAAUCGAUGGCAAGUGGACAUACAAGGUCGGCCAAUCAGACUUUGCACCAGAAGCAUGCUUCCGGGGCUUAUAUCAUACCUAUGCCGAUAAUUGGACCGCCAGGAUGUGGAACUAUUACCGUUGGGCCCGGUUGUUGGCGUGCUCGAUGCUCCUGCAAAUCUCAGAGAAGAGCCCGCAGGCGGCGCACAGUGCACUAGCGGCGACGGACGAAGGGUUGGAAGCACGCAAGGAGGAUGCGAGGAAGACCAUCGUCCGCAUGGCGCAAGAUAUACUCGUCAGCGUUCCAACACACUGGAAGCACCCGAAACUUACAACGGAGCACAGGGAUCUACUGAGGUGCGUCGGUGGUGCCGGUACUGGGGCGGCAGGCAUCCCAGGACUUUUGUUCCACAUCGAUGUUGCCGCGUCGGCACCAGGUGUCCCUCCCGAAUUUGCAGAAUGGGGAUUAGGAAUUCUCGACACCGUAUGGUCCGAAAUGGGAAUGAUACACGCCAAGAGGCUGGCCGAUAACCUACGGAAGCGCAGUGGGAAGUCCCCCGAGGACGGUCCGAACCUGACCGGACUCGAUAAGAUCAUUGACGACAGCCCGCUACUGCUGGUGAGGCGUAUCAAAGUGGAAGAUGCCGAUGGGUGGGAUCAUGUCCGGCCCUUCAACGAUAACCUGGAUGCGAACAGAGGCACGAUGGGCCACGGAGGCGGCUACUACGAGGCCAGCAACCCAACCCAAAUGAAAGUGGAAGGAGGGAAAGCAUUGGCAGUCUAAUACUGCAGUACAGAAACCGAGGGGGGAGAAUGGCGCGUGGCGAAGGGGGUGGGCUUAAUGUAUUUGUUUUUAUUUUUUCUUAUAAUUCUUUUCUCUUUUUUCUUUUUUUCUUUUUGUUCCUUUUCUAUUAUUCAUCCAUUAUUAGAUGGCAAGGAAAAGUAUUUACUUUGGGUUAUGUGUAGGACGGGAUGGAUAAACUUUCUUGUCAUGGUUGGUAGACGACGCUUGUAUUUAUAUUAGACGUGAUCCCGAAGUAAAUAAAGAUGCAG